AUGACGCCUGUGCCUGUGCCUGUGUGUGAGGUCCCCAGAUCGAAACUGGGUGAUGUCAACAGGCCCUGGGCGAAGUCCUCUUGCUGCGGUGCACUGCGACAGGUGUAUCCUCCANCCACGAUCCCCAUGCCAUGCAUACAGGAGGUCCCCAGAUCGAAACUGGGUGAUGUCAACAGGCCCUGGGCGAAGUCCUCUUGCUGCGGUGCACUGCGACAGGUUGGCCGCUCGUCCAGGUGCCUGCAAUGCUGGAAUGAGAUCACAUGCUUGGAACUGGGUGCAGGUGUAUCCUCCACCCACGAUCCCCAUGCCAUGCAUACAGGCUCAGCCACCGGCUGGGAGUCCAUGCAUACCAUUUGA